AUGGCGGCUAUGAACGGAACAGGCACCAAGCCUUGUGUGGCUAAAGCGCUGGUGGAACUGGACUUCAGGUCUGGGGCUAGGAUCGAGGACUUGAAUAAGCUGAUCCAGGAAUUUAGCAAGCAGGAUCAGCGGGAAUACGACGAUCACAGAGCCCUGGAAAUCCACACCGCCAAGGAUUUCAUUUUCUCCAUGCUGGGCAUGGUGCAGAAGUUGGACCAGAAGCUUCCAGUGGCCAACGAGUAUCUCCUGCUGUCCGGAGGUGUCCGGGAAGGUGUGGUGGAUAUGGACCUCGAGGAGCUUAGCAUCUAUGUCCGGGGGACGGAUUAUGACAUGGACUUCACUCUUCUGGUCCCGGCCCUCAAACUCCACGACCGCAACCAGCCGGUCACUCUGGACAUGCGGCACUCCGCACUCUGUCACUCUUGGCUGAGUCUCAGGCUGUUUGAUGAAGGAACCAUCAACAAGUGGAAAGACUGCUGCACCAUUGUGGACCACAUCAAUGGGGGCACCAACUACUUUUUCUCCCCCACCCGGGUGGCAGACUGGUUUUACGAUGCCAUCACCAUCGUGCUGGCUGAGAUCCAGAAGAAGCCCCAACGCGGGAUGCCCAAAGUUGAGAAGGUGGAGAGGAACGGCACGGUGAUCUCGGUCAUCCUGGCCGUAGGCUCCAGCCGCAUGCUGUACGACAUCAUCCCCGUGGUCUCCUUCAAGGGCUGGCCUGCCGUGGCGCAGAGCUGGCUGAUGGAGAACCACUUCUGGGACGGCAAGAUCACAGAGGAGGAGGUCAUCAGUGGUUUCUACCUGGUGCCGGCCGCCUCUCUUAAUGGGAAGAGGGAAAACGAGUGGCGCUUGUCCUUUGCUCGCAGUGAGGUCCAGCUGAAGAAGUGCAUCUCCAGCAGCCUCAUGCAAGCCUACCAAGCUUGCAAGGCUAUUAUCAUGAAACUCUUGUCCAGACCCAAAGCCAUCAGCCCGUACCACUUGAGGAGCAUGAUGCUCUGGGCUUGUGAUAGACUCCCUGCCAGCUUCUUGGCCCAAGAGGAAUACGCUGCGGACUUCCUGCUCGGCUUGAUCGAUGACCUCCAGCACUGCCUGGUCAACAGGUCCUGCCCCAACUACUUCAUCCCGCAGUGCAACAUGUUCGAGCACCUGUCGGACGAGACGGCUGUGCUCCACGCCCGCAAGCUCUCGUCGGUGCGCUCGGACCCCGCCGAGCACCUGCGGACCGCCGUCCAGCACGCCAAGGCGGCCAACCGGCUGACCCAGGACGCCCACCGGAGGGGCAGCGGCUCCGGCACGCCUUCCCCGUCCUCGGACAACGGGCCCGGUGACAACCGGCAGCCAGAUGACCGACUGGCCAAGAAGCUGCAGCAGCUGGUGACCGAGAAUCCGGGGAAAUCCAUCUCCGUCUUCAUCAACCCCGACGACGUCACCAGGCCCCACUUUAGGAUAGACGACAAGUUCUUUUGA